UACAAAUGUGUCCAAGCACGGUAAUAUUGCCCAGUAAUUUUAUAAUUAUUCCCGUUAGGCGUCAUAGUAUUCGGAGGAUAACGGUGCAAAAGCAGAUGCCGAAAAAUGAACGUGACUUGAUAAAAGCUUGUAAAUGGUUACAUGUUCUCAAUGACGUACAGGAUUAGAUUAUGUAUAAAGUGAGUAAUGAGUUUAUAUUACCCAACGGAUACAGGACAUACACAUCAGCAAGAAAUUUAGGCGUACUUUAUGUGGUUGGUGGUGUUCUUGUCCGCUGUGGGAGUAGGAACGAGCAAGAUCAUCACUCUAUAUUCCCUGGUGCCACCCAGAGAGAUCUACGCUCGAGAAAUUGGCAACAUAAUUAGCGAUGUUGGAUACCUGGGCUCUGAUCAAGCUUCGGAAACUAUAUCUUAGUGAUGUAAAUUACCUAAAUGUCCUGUAUUAUAAUUAGUUAAAAAUAAAGCAUGCUCAAUUAAA